GUUUGGAAGUACCCCCAUAUGAAUAUUAGUUAGUUAGUAAUAAAUGUUGGUCAAUCAAUUAUAUUAAAUAAAACUGCCAACACACCAUCACUAAUUUGGAUAAACCGGACAGAAAAUAUGAAUACGAAAAUUAAGAAUUGUAUCAUUAACAAUGACGAAAGAGAAGUUAUCAUGUUGAUAGAUUCCGGUUUGGAUCCAAACCUUGAAGGAGGCUGGCCAAUUAGAUUAGCGGCGCGAUAUGGGUCUUAUUCAGUGGUCAAAACACUUGUUCAAUAUGGAUCUAAUCCUCAUUUACUUAGCGAAUCAGGUGCAUCAACAUUACAGUUAGCCGUAUACUCUGGAAAAGAAUGGUCUUCUGAUAAGUGGGAUUUUUUACUGUCUUGUUGUGAUUCCUCUCAGUUGGCAGACGGUGCAGCAGUUGCCAUUAUUUUUCAAAACAUAGCUGCCUUAGAAAAGAUAGUGUGUACUGGUCGCUGCAAUACAAAUAUUCCAACUACAUUAACAGGUAAAACCGUAGAAGAUCUAGCAAGAGGAUAUAAAUUGCAACACAUUUUAAAUGAUACUAUACUCUCCGAAAACCAGACUAGAUACACAACUCCUCAUUCUUCACCACGGACGAGCCAGAACGUAAUGGAUGCGAGAUCAACUUUAACACCGAGACAAGAAAACACCAGGAAUCACAGAAAUUUGUCACCGUCAGUUGCUCAAUUCUUUAAUCAGACUUCUAACCAGACCGCGCUAACGUCACCCAGAAAUAAUUUAGUUGUAUAUUCAUCAUAAGCAGAAUGUAUUUUUAUGUAGAAAAAUUGGUAUGUACCAUAAUUUAAUGUGAAUGGCCACGCAGACAAGUAAUUAUUCAGAUUAUGCUUGAUAAAAUUUAACAACCUACUUAUUUAGAUACAUACUUACAAAUAUUUUAUUGAACACAUAGGUAUUUGUUAUUAGCUGGCCCCCAUCAUAAAUUCAAGCUAUUCUGUCUCAGUCUCGAAAGAUCUCUCGCAGUAGGAUAACACGACACGUCUUUCUUGUUUCUCUCACCGUCCAAUUCUAAUACAAAUCUUUCUUGACUAUUAAUUUAUUUCGCUAGACCCUAGAAAGGCUGAGUUAAUAAAACGCGAAAUUAGAUAGGAAGAUCAAUAGUUAUAAUGUAAAACGUCUUUCACUGACGCGUAGCGGAGCGAAGAGGGGAGGAGCGGUAAAUUUUAUUCCAACUCCACUGCACCUGAGCAAAGCGAGCGGAGCGCAACUGAGAGGAGUUCACUGGGUCGGAGACUUUUGGAUUGUCGAUGAGUUAGGUACUGUUACCAUACUCAUACAUCAAAACAGCUCCACUUCAGUUACAGUCAAUCGCUAAGAGAGAUCGUACGUUAUGUUGUAGUUAAGAAAACAAGGAGGAGAAAUCUUUUAUAUCACCACCUUUCUCUAUUUGAAAGUGAAGAUAUAACGAAGCAGAUGAAAUGUAUAAGUAGGUAACAAAGAUUUUGGAUACGAGAACACACAAGGUGACUAUUUAUUUUAGCAUGGUGAACUUUACUUCUUCCCCUUUCAUUAACAAAAACCACCACACCGCUCCGCUUCACUCUCUCUCUCCGCAUCGCAACACCCGCUCCAACUCCGCGCAAUACCACUCUGCACGAAAUUCCGCUUAGAUCCGCUUCUGGAUCCCCACUACUAUUUCCAAUUCAUGGUCCGCUAAUCUCUUCUCCGCUCAGUUGAAAUUAAAACACAGCAUAUGGAUGAUACCACACACAAGAUACCAACACUGAGGCAUGAGAUGAGAUCGAAUGGUCUGUUUUUAUACGGUUCUCAUGGGUUACAAAGUUCUAGACAACUAGGUAACUAAAAAUACAGACAAUAACAAUUCAGAGCAAUCCAUUGAAGUAAUAAAAAUUAGAAGAUAUAAGCAACCACGAUCCCUGGAGUAGAGUAUAAUAUUAAUGCAAAGAAAGAUAGAUAAAAAUAAAGAAAGUAUUUACACAAUGCAAUAUGAACACCAACUAAACUUUCGUGGCAAGUUUGGAACGCAUGACACUGAGCGCAAAAUUCCAUAAAAAAUUAAAUCUUCUAUAUUUUUUUUAUUGCACAAUUUUUUUGAAUGGCCUAUUGAAAUUCUCGUUUAGAACCUGAAAAUUUUGUUGUUGUUCAUAAAUAUUAAGCUCGAAAACAUUCCUUACUUACCCUUCUGACAUUGCCUUCUUUCAGUGCAGUUAAUACAUAUUUUACAAAAUAUACAAGUAGGUAUAAUAAAUACAAAAUAGGCUUAACAACUCGAGACAAAACAUGGCUUGCCUCUCAUAGCAAUUCACUAGCACUCAGUAGGUAAGUACCUACGAGUACAGAUAAGUUUCUAAUGAACCAGAUAGUUAAGUAUUUGACUUUACUGUCUAUUAUUGUAAAUAUGUAUACCUACUCUGCAUUUAUAAAAUAUACAUAUCAAGUCAAUGAAAUGAACUACAUAUAAUAAAUAGGUGGUAGGUUUAAAAAAUGAGUAGGUGACAAAGAUACGUCCAUACACAUUUGAUUAAUUUAUUUUAAAGCUUUAUUAUGGAAUCAAAGAAUAAUAUAUAUAUGACUAUGAAUUUAUUAUAAAAUAAUGUUUACAAUACAUUUAUGACAAAAUGCAUUUUAAGGAAUUAAAUUGUACGUAAAACAAAGCAAU